AUGGCUGAUGCUCCUGCCGUUGUGCGACGCAAUCGGCCUGGCACUAAUAUCGAGAAAUGGUGUCGGUGGCCUGAUGAAUCUUUUGAUGAAAUGGAGAGUACUCUUGCUGUACAGCAGUUCAUCCAACAGGCUAUAAGAAAAGAUGUGACAAAUAUUGAAGCUAUUCUCACCCCACCUGAAGGUCAAGAUGAAGGAGUGUGGAAAUACGAACAUCUUCGGCAAUUCUGUAUGGAACUUAACGGGCUUGCUGUGAAACUACAAAAUGAAUGUAAUCCUAAUAGCUGUACGCAAAUGACUGCAACUGAACAGUGGAUAUUUCUUUGUGCCGCUCAUAAAACUCCAAAAGAGUGUCCUGCUAUUGAUUACACUCGACACACACUUGAUGGAGCUGCAUGUCUGCUUAACAGCACCAAAUACUUCCCCAGCAGAGUAAGCAUCAAAGAAUCGUCAGUCGCUAAACUUGGUUCUGUUUGCAGGAGAGUCUAUCGAAUAUUCUCUCAUGCUUAUUUUCACCACAGAAUGCUAUUUGACGAAUUUGAGAAUGAGACCAACCUCUGUAGACGAUUCACUACAUUCGUAACCAAGUACAAUCUGAUGCCAAAAGACAAUCUCAUUGUUCCUAUUCUUGAAGACCAAGCAGCUCUAAAUGGUGAAAGUGAAGCCUGA